CUCACAUGUCUGUACUAAAAAAAAUCACAUUACGGUCCUGCUCCGUUUUUGACGAUAACAAACAAUUUCAAUUAACCAAAGCCAACUCGAUAACAACAAACUGAAUCCAGUUAGGGCCACUUGCGUUCCGUUACUUGAAACUCUAUUAAAUCGAAGAAAAAAAAAAUCAGUUGGCCUUCAUUAAAAUCCACUGCCGCAUAAACAAUUAAAUGAAAAAUCACGAAUUAUCGUUUACAAUAAUAAUUAUUAGGCUUGUUCGAAUAAAGUUGCCACUGUAGUCAAUUGUUUCCGAUCAUUGAAAAAAAAAAUCACGUUUUAUCGCGACACAGUACACAGAAAUGAACCUGAUCGAACGCCUUAGAGAAAUCGUCACGGUAGAACCGCUAAUCGCCUUAUUCCAGAUGGCGCUGUGCAUCUCCAAGCCGGCUCUGGACAAUUUGGAAUUUGAAAAAGCCUGCAGAGUGACCCUGCGCUACAAUUCGUCCGUAUGCGACGCCAUCUUGAGCGGUCACCACGCCCACUACAACCACGAAAACAAAGAGGUACAGACGGCCGUAGGGCGGAUGCACACGUGGCAACAGCCCGUCCAGAGUUUCGUCCCUUUGCUCCUGGUGCUGUUUUUGGGGUCGUUUAGUGACCGGCACAAGUGUAGAAAACCGUUUUUUCUUAUGCCCUUGGUGGGAGAAUUGCUCGGAGUAGUUGGUUGCAUCUUGUGCGUCCUCUACAUGUCCGCCCUGCCCCUAGAGGCACAGGGGGUGUUCCAAAAAAUCAUCCCCUCCUGGUUCGGAGGUCAAACCAUGGUCACCAUGGCCUCCACCUCUUUUAUAGCCGACAUAACUGCGAAAGAAAACAGAACGUUUCGCCUCGGUAUACUUCAGCUGGUGGUGAGCGUGGUACUGCCCACGGUACAUUCGUUUAGCGGGUUGUUUUUCGUGCACGCCGGGUACAUCACGGUGUUGGCCACCUCGGGUGGUUUGUACCUUAUCGCGCUCAUAUACGGGUGGUUUUGGAUAAAAGAGCCCGCGAGUUACGGAAACCGGACCGAAUGGUCGUUGAGCGAGUUAUUUCAUUGGAGUGAUGCCAAGGAUACGGUUGGUUUGUUGAUCAAGAGGGGGCAGUUGGUGUGGAUUUUGGUGUUAAUGGCUUUUUUACAUCGGGCCGCCUUUGAUGGUGAAAGUAACGUGCUGUACCUCUACACCCAAAACGUCUUCCACUGGACCCCCUUGGAGUUCAGCUACCUCCUCACCGCCACCUCCUUAAUGUCCUUGACAGGCCAACUGAUCGGCAUGCCGCUCUUCACUAAAGUAUUCCAUUUUAGUGACAUCACCAUUUUAUUUGUCACUGUACUUGAUAAAAUCUUCACCAAUUUAGUGUUCGGAUUGGCAAAGAAUUCUCGCAUAUUUUACAUCGGGGUUGCAGUCGGCAUUGUCACCAGAGUGUAUAGAACGGCGAAAAAGUCUUUGGCAACCAAAAUGGUGGAUUCAAGUGACAUCGGAAAGACCCAAUCACUAUUGGGGAUUAGUGAUGUGUUGGCCCCAGCACUUUUUGUGCCGAUUUACAAUUGGCUUUACUUGGCCACUUUUGACUUAUUUUCUGCCACAAUAUUUUUUUUUAGUAUGGUUUUAUAUGGGCUGUGUAUAGUGUGUACAGGGGUGUUGUUUUGGAAGAACAAAAUGAGGUCAUGAGAUGCAGCUUUUUGAUUACCAUUGGCUGUGAUUAAAUUAUAAUAGAUUUACCUCUAAAACUUGUAGUCUGGCACCGGUUUUGUUUGUUUCAUAUCACUUUUAACGGUAACAUUCUUAAUGUCUCUAGAAAACAGCUGGACCAGUUUUUUGUUCCUGAAAACGGUAGGCAUUUCAAUAUCAUGCUCCACUGCCCAUAAAAUAAUUUCCUUGCACUGCCUAAAGUCAGUUUGUCUAACUAAAAAUGGCUUUAAUUAAGACCGACUUAGUCUUUAAAGCAUAUGACACUUACAUGAAUAAUCCAGUAAAGCCACCAAUACUUUCCCAAUAUCAUUUCUACAAUUUAAUUGCAAUAAAACCUCUGUUAGCCUAUAAACAACUUCAGUUUGAUGGUGUCUUAAACAUACUUCAACAACUACUACAAUUUUAUCUGAUAUAACAUCCUUAAGCUUAGCAUAUUUUAGCAACAAGUCUAAAGCAAACUGCUGAUCUAAAAAAAAAAAUAAUUCCAAGAGCUUUUUUAUGAUUUGAAAAUCAAUUUAGUACCUGUAAACCAUUUACUCAGUAUGCACGACUGCCACAGACUAGCCAAUAUAAAAUAGUCAUUAUAUUCCAAAAUUAGCUCAUCAGAAAAGUUUAAUACGUUCACUAUCAUUGCUUCACUGUGAGUGUCCAUGCUCAGUGAUAUUAAGUGUUUUAUAAUGCUCCUAUAAGAAUAAUUUAAGCACUUUUUCAAUGUAUUACUGUCUAUUUGUACUAUAUUACCAAUAAAUUUACAGGGUUUUUAUGAUAACUUGCCUCACCUAAUAUAUCUUCUUAAAUAAACAUUUUCUCGAUAAACUUUACCAAACAUCUCCAAUGCUUUCACCACAUUCCCUUUAAUCCAAAUGGCUUGUGCAUCGUAAUGUUCAAAAUUACAAUUCUCCACUAAAAUAUCCGGGCGUAUUCUCCCACAUAAUUCGGCUACUUCCCUAAUACUAUCCUUAUCCCCACUGCUUGCACAAAUUGUUAAAGCUCUUAAAAGCAAACUUACCGAGGGAAUUUUAUUACAUUUUACACACUGUUUUAUCAGUUGUACCACCUUUGGAUGAUCUUCGUGGUUCAAUUCGUUAUAAAAUAAGUCAUUUAUUGCGUCCGAACUCAAUUGGGCCAACAAAUUAUCAGCAAGAGGGGUUUCUAUAACAGUUUGAUUCGAUUGUAUCUUUUUUCGUGCGAGCAGUUUACGUCUCUCCCAUAUGCCGCUUUUUCGCUCCAUCAUUUGGGUGGUAAAUUGAUCUAAGGUCUCCGAUUCAUCGUUUUUUGAAGACCAAUGCACUUGGGAGACAUUUAUGUGUAAAAAAGGCUGCAGUUUUUGCAAAACCAAGUAUCUUAUGUUGUAUAAGCACAGCAGGUUUUUACUGGUAUAUAGUGCCAUAACGGUGAAAGGAUUAAUAGGCUUAAAAACACCCCAUAAGUAGAUAUAAUCUUAAUUAUUAACGUUUUAAACUGAGAUGAAUUUAGGGGCUUUAAAUAAAUCAAAACAAAUAACUUUUAAA